AUGCAUUUGAUGAAGGGUCUCACUUUCUUGCUGGGCAUUGUGUUGGCAUCCAGUAACCAGACGUGUCCAGACAAUGGACAAAACCGAUUCCUUAUGAUUACAUGUGCUUCUGGCGGUGAAGGAUUACCGGGGAAAGAAGGGCCCAAAGGAGAACGAGGCGAUAUAGGUCCAGAAGGACCUGUUGGGCCCCAAGGGAUUUCUGGACCUCCAGGUUUAAAAGGAGAUGCAGGACCACCAGGAGAGAAGGGUGAUAGCGGAACUUCAGCAUUUGAAGCUCUCAGACUCCAAGUCUUUUCAUUAGACGGAAGGCUGAACAGUUUGCAAACAAGCGUAGAAGCACAAAAGAAAGGUGCUAGUGUGGGAGAAGUUAUCUAUGUUUCCAAUGGUGCACUAGCAAACUUUAAUGAUGCAAGAUUGACCUGUAUGAAGGCUGGAGGUCAACUGGCCUCACCACGGAAUGAAGAGGAAGAUAAGGCUGUGGCAGCUAUCCUGCAACAAUAUAACACUGUAGCAUAUCUGGGUAUAAAUGAUUUACAAACAGAAGGCGAAUUUAGGUACCCAAAUGGGGAAAUAAUUGGCUACACCAACUGGAACAUUAAUGAGCCUAACAAUAUUGAAGAAGAGGACUGUGUGGAAAUGUUUUCCAAUGGAAACUGGAAUGAUAAAAAUUGCAAUGAACCGCGCUUGAUCAUAUGUGAAUUUAAGUAA